CCCGUUUAUUGCAGGGCAACGGGCGCCUGUAAGGUAUUCUGGUGUAGCACAAUUCAAGCCCUAGGUUGUGCCCUGACAGCAACACACCCUCUGUUUGUUGGUGUUUUGCUCUGCUGAUAGCGGGUAGACCUGCGGCGUUAUCGAGGUUCCAUACAUUGUUCUGGAUCUAUCCGUACUUCUCCCACCAUGUCUCCCCAGUCCUCAGCCCCGGUCCAGAGGACGGCGCCUAUCGCCAUUGCUCCUAAACCUCCUCGGCCAGAGCCAUCUGCUUAUCGCCAGGACAGCUUCCAUAGGCUCGAGAUGGGUCACGGAGUCGCCAGCUCUGCACCCGUUGAAGGUUCAUCCUUCAACGCCUCCUCCAUCCCACCUUGUCUAUCAUGUCGGUACUCUCGCGUCAACUGCAUCCUUAACGACGACGACGACUGUUGCAUCCAGUGCCAAGCUGCGGGUUCCGAAUGUUCCCUUUCAUCCAGCCCUCAGUCCCGAAAAAGGAAGCUUCAUGGUGAGGCUAGUGAUGAUAUUAUCGGGAAAAGAAGUUCACCGGGUCUCGCAUCUAGGCGACGAAACCAUAACUCAAGCCUUUCCAGCACCGCCGCUAGCAGUUCGUUCCUGGAGGAGAUGGCCAAUGUUGGCGGCCCGACCAUGCUUAAACGUACGCUCGGCCUCCAGGAUGAUCGCUACAGCCAGUACAUUGGUCCUACUACAGACUUUGAACCUUCACUCAUCAACCUCUCCUCCUUUGAUCCCCAUGACGAAAGUCUACUAUCAAGAGGCACUCUUCGCAAAGUCAGCGAACACGAUACUUUCUUGAUGCUUCCUGACUCCAGCACUCCAGGACACGAACAUGUGACGCAAGACGCCGAUCAUGUCGAAUCCAUCGUGGCACCCCAUGGCAGACGUCUCAUCGACAUAUACUUUCGAGUCGUGCACCCAGGAUUUCCUAUCAUCCAAAAACAUGUCUUCAUGGAAAAGUAUGAAAGAUCUUACCGAGAGUUUUCACCACCAUUACUAGCAGCUGUGUACAUCCUUGCCAUCAAUUGGUGGGACCAAAGUGAGGAACUGGCUGGUUUGCCACGACCCAAUGUUAGAGAGCUCGAGAGCAUCGUCCGUACAACUCUUGAUGAAGCCACUUUUCGACCCAAGCUUUCAACUAUUCAGGCCGGUCUACUUCUUUCCCAGAGGCCCGAGGGUGACCAGUGGGCCCCUACCGCCCAACUUGUUGCACUUGGUCAUGAAUUGGGGUUGCACUUGGAUUGUACUGGUUGGAAAAUACCACCGUGGGAGAAGGGCCUGAGAAAACGAUUGGCUUGGGCACUUUACAUGCAGGACAAAUGGGGUGCCCUCGUUCACGGGCGGCCAUCACACAUUUUUGCUACUAACUGGGGCGUUCAGCCUCUAACAGCAAAUGACUUUCCUGACGUCGAAUGGGACGAGAACGACCCGGAGGAGAAGCUCGAUAUUGAGAAGGGAAGGGUGUUGUUUACACGAGUGGUACAACUUUCGGAAAUACUCUCCGAAAUUCUGGACACUUUCUAUACUCUUCAAGCCAUGAACACGGUUGCAAAUGCAGGUAAACAAGGGACGCAGCUAGUUUUGUCGCUUGCGAAACCCAUUCAGCUCAAAUUGAAGGAGUGGUACGGAGGCCUACCGCAACUGAUUCGCCUCGACUCUUCGUACUCUUCUCUUAACCCUUCAUCAAACAGGUUGUCGAGUAUUGGAUAUCUCCAUCUGGCAUACUUUGCGGCCGAAAUUACGCUCCAUAGACGAAUCAUCCGAUCAUUGGCUUCUCCGUCUAGCUCUGUCGACUCAUACGUACAGCACAUCUGUCGCAGUGCCGCCAAAGCACGCCUCAUCUCUGCCAUGGACUUUGUCAACAGACUUGGACCCAACCAUUUGCGUUCGUUUUGGUACUUCGCUUCCAAGACUAACUUUGCAUUGAUUGGCACAUUUGGAUCUCUCCUUUGGGCAACAUCACCUGGGCGCGAGGAAGCGGAUUGGUAUCGAAGACGUUUGGGAGAGUAUAGAUGGACUCUCUCAGUUAGCUCGAAACCUGGGGAAGGCAAGGGUUUGACUGAGUUUGCCAUGACAAUGUUGGAUAUCUCCACGGGCCUGCUCAAGCAGCUCCCCGAAAAACCCUCCAUGAGUAGGAAUGGGAGUCAUGCGGACCUUUCGGUUUCCGCGCCACCCAUUUUCAGUGGUGGCAUUCUUGACAGCUUGGGCACCAGGCCCAGUGCGCCAGAAAUGAGCGCCAUGUAUAGUCCACGGACGGAUGAUGAGGAAGAAGAGGAGGAGAUAGACAGCAGUGACGAUGACAUGGAAGACUAUCCUACACGGAUGUAAGGAUUGGGGGAGAUACGGGAACAAGAUACACUUAAAAGAGGAAGGUUCCGAGAUUCAGACAACUACCAUGGUCGAGGAACGAUCAGAGGUGUUGUUAUGGAACAUAUUGCCACGGCUUGCAUCGUUCAGGCGUUUCUGUCGUUGCUGCAUUGCGAUUUGGUAGGGCUGAGGAGUUGACAUGGGUAUAUUGUCAUCCUUUUAGGCCUUAUUAUGGUUAUUUUUUCUUUCUGAUCAUUUGGGCUUGGUUUGAUGAAUGAUACCUUGGUUUCGGGGCCCCUCUGGAGGGGCUCGGGACAUGACGGAAUAGCAUGAGGGCGCAUUAUACUGGGGAUACGAGCAUUGAGAACUCAGAGUUGUAUAAAGCAAGGUGUGCAUGAUCAGUUAGAUUGGAUUGGACUUUUAUGAAUUACGUAUAAUACGAG